GGUCCCCGUGUCGCUCAGUAACAGUAAUGGACGCUCUGGAUUAAGGCGGUGAAGCCGUUGGAGGGAGAGACUGCCGGGUGACAGCAUCCACACCACAAAAUCUGACAUGAAAGUGGUUCUCUAAUUUCUUCUCAGGGGGCGUAAGGGAUGGCGGGACUCAUCAAGAAGCAGAUCCUGAAGCACUUGUCCAGGUUCACCAAGAAUCUGUCACCAGAUAAAAUUAAUUUGAGUACCCUCAAAGGUGAAGGUCAGCUGACCAACUUGGAGCUUGAUGAAGAGGUACUGCAAAACAUGCUGGAUUUGCCCACUUGGUUGGCAAUCACCAGAGUAUUCUGCAACAAGGCUGCAAUUCGGAUACACUGGACUAAAUUAAAGACUCAUCCAAUCUGUCUGUACCUGGAUAAGGUAGAAAUGGAGAUGAGAACUUGUGAGGAACCUCGGCCUCCUAAUGGACCAUCUCCUAUUGCGACAGCUUCGGGUCAAAGUGAGUAUGGCUUUGCUGAAAAAGUUGUAGAAGGCAUCUCUCUCUCUGUGAAUUCCAUCAUUAUCAAAAUCAAAGCAAAAGCUUUCAAUGCAUCUUUUGAAUUGUCCCAGCUACAAAUAUAUAGUGUUAAUACAAGCUGGCAGCAAAGUGACCUGCGAUUCACCAGAAUACAAGAUCCUCAGCGUGGGGAGGUUCUGACAUUUAAGGAGAUUACCUGGCAGAUGAUCCGAAUAGAGGCAGAUGCUAUCCAGAGCGAGGAACAUGAUAUCCUGAGUGCACCAGUGAGGCUCAUCACAAACCAGUCCAGAAUGAAAGUCAGCUUGAAGCGAAGGCUAAAGGAUUGUAAUGUGGUGGCAUCAAAGUUGGUGCUUAUAUUGGAUGAUUUAUUGUGGGUUUUGACUGACUCCCAGUUGAAGGCAAUGGCGCAGUAUUCUAAAUCUUUGAGUGAAGCCAUAGAAAAAUCUGCACAGCAAAGGAAGAGUAUGGCUUCUGAACCCACCCAGAGUGCAACUCCGGUUCCCAUUUCACAACAGGUUAGAACACCACAAGCUACAGCAGCAGCUGAUCAGAAUGAUGCCCUUGCCAAACUCUUCAAUGCUUUUGAUGUAAAGGAAACAUCGCACCAUUUAAUCAUUUCUCAUUUGGAUCUGCACAUCUGUGAUGACAUUCAUGUGAAGGAGAGAGGAUUUCCAAAACAGAUCACGGGUGGAGCCAUGCAGUUGUCUUUUACACAGAUUACAGUGGAUUAUUAUCCGUAUCACAGAGCAGGAGAUAGCUGCCAGCACUGGAUGUUCUAUAAUGAAUCCACAAAAACGAGAUCAACGUGGGCAAAAGAGUUACUAAAGGAAUUCAAGUCCAAUGUCGAUAUGCUAAAACAAGCAGUGAAGGAUUAUAGUAAAACAAAACCUACUUCACCACCUCCACAUGGUUCGCCUCCCCAUGUAUUAAUAGAAACUACACUCAGGCAUAAACCUGUAACUACAGGAAAAGAACAGAUGUCGAAAGGACUCAGUUCUGCUAAUAUUUCAUCUGCAACUAGUCAACAAUCAAAGACAAAGUUAUUAUCCAGCUGUUUUGUAUUCAGAGUGGAGGAUUUAAAUAUUUAUCAGGUUUCUACAGCAGAUCAGCGUCGAGAUUCCCCAAAAGCUAUGAUCUGCUGCAAUAAGAAGUCUUUAUAUCUUCCAUCAGAGAUGGCAGCUAUUCAUAUUGAAUUCACUGAAUAUUAUUUUCCUGAUGGAAAAGAUUUCCCUACCUUAUGGAAUGUGUUGGACAGGUUGGACAAGAACCAACAUCAGAGUUCUGUCCUAGACCUCCUUUCCUCUACAGUUCCUUGCCCUAAUCUUUAUGCACAGAUGAAUGCACUACAGUUCACUCUUGAUACCAGGAGCAUGUUGUGGUUGAACCAGUUUAUAUUAGACUUGCAGCAGAGUCUGGAACAUUUCACAGCGAUCUACAAACUUGAUAGUGGGAAAGAAGAUGAACAUGUCGACGUACGAAUUGGUGGACUGAUGCUCAAGUUUAUUGUUCCAACUGAUAAGAGACCUGAUGAUCAUCAAGACCAUCCACAAUCAAUUUCUAUUCAGACAGCAGAGGUAAUAGCUACAAAUACAAGGCACUCACCAAAGUGUACACGAAGUGACUUGGAAGCCAUGCUACAGGAGUUCAAAGAUGUUAACUUUUUUAGCAAAACAUUCACAAACUUUCCCAAAACAACAGAAAGUUUCAAUGUACUGCAUCCUGUAUUUCAAAGGCAUGCCCACGAGCAGGACACGAAGUUGCAUGAUGUUUAUAAGGGAUUAGUUACUCCAAAGUUGAGUACAAAUGCAUUGAAAACUUUUGCUGCUACGGACCUGUGGGCCAUACACUUUUCUCAGUUUUGGGUUGACUAUGAAGGAAUGAAGAGUGGGAAAGGAAGACCUGUGGGAUUUGUAGAUUCUUUCCCUCUUUCUAUCUGGGUUUGUCAACCCAAUAGAUUUGCAAAAUCGCAAGAAUCUUUCCUGUCUUCCAGACAGUCUGCUUCUCAAAUACCCAAAAGUGAAUCCAUUGACUUGAGCAUCCGUUUGCAACAUAAAAAGCUCUUGAGGGAGUACUAUAGUACGGAAUCCGAACCACUAACGAAUGGACUUGGAAGAUUGAAUUCUUUAGAUGGUGAUGCUGGAUCUUUGAAAUCCUUGCAGUCUUCAGAUGCAGAUAUACAUGUUCUUAUACAUACUCAAAAGCACGUGAGCAUGCAGGUUAAUCAUCAUCAAUACUGCUUCAUGCUCCGCCUUCAACAGUCAAUAAAAAAGCUUCAGGAACAAUUUCAGAAGAACAUAGAGAAGGUGACUGGAAAGCCAGUGGAGCAGACAAAAGUUUGUAUUGGACUGAUAAUUAAAAGUGCUGAAGUAGCUUUAAUGCUUCAUCCAUUGCCUCAACCUGAGGCAAGUAGUAAGGCUCCAGCAGAAAACAGGAGUCCUACAGAAUCUGACCUUUCACCUUGUGAAAGUAGAGAAACUCUGGCAGCUGAGAAUGAAGUACCAAGUGAUGAUCCAGGGACUGACCAUCUCAGCAGAAAAACACUUAAAGAAUCACAAAAUACUGAAACUGAAAGUAUAGAUAAAAGAACUGUCGAACCUAUGGUUUCUAAAUCAUACAGUGACUCAGCUUUGAUAAAAGGAAUGACAUCAGAGUCCUCGCUCGAUGGUGUUGUUAGUCAGUUUCCAGUUUCAUCAGGUGUCUCUGGAAAUAUUGAAGGAACUCAUUUGGAAGAUAAAAAUCAGCUCAGUGAAGUCGCAAAGAUUUCAAACGUUGAGGCGCUCAAUGUUUCUCAAAGCAUGGAACCACUGAAUGUUUGCACAAUAAACAAAGAUGAACACAAUAGUCUUCCUUUGUGUAAGGAAAAUUAUCAAGAGGAAAUCUCAAGUAUUUUGCAAAACAAAAGGAAUGGAACCAUAGAUUCAUUAAAUGAUUUAAAAUGUGACCAAGACAAUCCCUUUCAAAACUUUGAUUACAGUAAAGAAACACCACCUUCAAAAAAGUUGUUGUUACCUCAAUCGGUAUCAAGUGGGAAACUGAAGGAUCGUGCACAACCCUCCUUGACUAACUAUCCUGUAGUGUAUAAAAAUGUGAGGAGAAGCCCAUCUCAGAUUUCACUGGACACUAUAUCAAUUGACAGCAGUCUGCUGGAGGAACAGUUCUUAGAGAGUGAAGGGAACGAAAGCCUCCUUUUGCUGGAAAAGGGUUCUUACAUUGAUGAUGCCUCAGUCAUUAGUCUUAAAGAAGCUUCUAUUGAUCAGAGUCCAGCAGAAAGUGCUAAUGGGGCAUUUGGGGCUGAGGAUUGUGGGAGAGUGUCACCAGAUGUCUACAGCGCUGGAUCUCAAAGUGUGGAGGAGUCCCCUGGAGAUUUGGUGUCAGUGAUGAUUUUCAGUGUGUUUGGUAUUAAUUGUGCGAUUGAUGUGAAGGGUGAGGACACAGCAGUGUGUCUCCAAGUAAAUCAAGUCAUACCAAAGCAGCUUGGAAAUGUCAGUGUUCGACAGUACCUUAGCAACAAUAGCAUGGAUCGCCACCAAUCCUCAUUGACACAGGAGCAUAAGAAAGAAUUGCCUGAAGUGAGUCUACGGCUGGAAAGUGGGCCUAGUGCUGCUGUCCAUUCAUCACUUGCAGUCAAGAAUGGUUUCUUGCAAUGCAUGAUUAAGAACUUCACUUCAGAGUUCUUGAUGUCUUCCCUCACAAAUCUAGGGACAUUCUUUGAAGAUGAAGUACCUGCUGACAUAAUCCCUAUGAAGAUUGAAAUAACUGAUACAAGGAUUAACCUGAAGGAUGACAAUCCACGUCAUGAUCAGUCAGCCCACGAACCACCACCAGUGGAACUGUUUAUCGAUAAUCUAAUUGUGCGCAGAAGUGAUGAUGGAACAUUUUGCAUUGGAGGUGCCCAACUACCUAAUCAGAACCCAGCAAAUAGUAAAUCCACAAAACAAACAGUAUUAUCCUGCUUAAAAUGUGAUGAAUCAAAGGAGGUCAGAUGUGUGUCACAGUCCACACAAACAGUUCCAAACAAACCACACGCAACUGGGGAGUCAGACCUUGGAGUCAAGUCAGCUGCUGGAUAUUCAGCUGAUAGGGAACAGUUACUUUUGGAGGAAAAUGAAUGUCUAAAACAGGAGUUGGCCAAAGCUAAAAUGGCUCUGGCUGAGGCUCAGAUGGAAAAAGACAGCUUGAUACAUCAAAUCAAGAGUGCUAACUUUGAACUCCAGUCAUAGCCAAAUAAACCUAGCUAUGAAGACUGCAGUGAAGCAGGAGGAGUUUCUUGAAUCUGGGACAUAGGUAUCACCAGCUGCUAUUGGUUUAAAAAAAAUGCUAAUUAUCUUGAUAAUAUGCUGAGCGUUGAACAAACUUUAUGUAGAGAAACUUAAUUUGUCUGUUGCAAACAGAUAUUUUGAAUGUGAAGAAUGAACCUCAGACCUGUGUUUGAUCUACUUCAAGCAGUAAAUGCAACGAAAAAAUGAUUGUUGAGCUCAUUAGAUUUUGCUCCGUAUAUUGAUGGUGCUGAUUUUCACUUUAAUCUAGAAUGAAUUCUGUCAAAAAAGGGACUUGAAAUAAGGUUUGAAAUAAAAUACUGUGGGAAAGCAAUUUCUUUCAUACAACUGAGCUGUGUUUUGGUAUGCCAUCAAGAAUUGUUUUUUUAAAUACCUAUUCCAGAGCAAGUCUUUUUUUAAGGAGUCUGAAUUUGCACUGUAAUUAAUUUGAUCAUGUAUCUAACAGUUUUUCUGUGUAAAAUCUGUGAUAUAGAAUAUGUACAGUGUAACAUUUAAAGUGCAUAUGUGCUUUGUGUAAUUAUGGCAGACACCAUUGUUGCUUGACUUCAUGUUGAGUGCAAGAUCCAUCUGUAUAGUUGAAUACCAAUAAGGAUGGACUGAAGAUAAAAUGAUGCAUAUCUAAUGCAAUCAACCUUUGCACAGCAUUGUAACAUUCUUUCAUAAAUAAUUGUAUUAAAGAUUGUAUUCUAAAUAAACAUCAAAGCACAGAAAAAGAUUUCAGCAUGUACUUAUCAUUUAAGUGAAGGUGAUUUCUUGUCAUUUCUUUAAUGUUGCUUUCAUUGUGAAAGUAAAUAAACAAUAUUUCUUGUUUGCUUUA